UAUAGUUCGUAAUCUCGAACUUAACUCAUAUUCAUUUCCAUUUCAAUGUGCAGGGUAUAAAAACAGUUAAGUGAGAAAGUUUCAAGCAUAUUCAGUUCGCAACUGCAGACUUAUCAAAACCAAACUCACAAAAAUGUUCAAAUUCACUGUUGUUCUUUUCGCUCUUGUUGCGUGCGCUGCUGCUAAGCCUGGUGUGCUUGCCCCAUUGGCUUCUGCUCCCUUGGCUUACUCUGCACCUUUAGCUUAUUCGGCUCCUUUGGCUUACUCGGCACCUUUGGCGUACAAUGCACCACUUUUGGCCUCGGAAGGAAGCAGCCGUAUUGAUAUUCAGAACAACUAUGGUUAUGCUGCUCCUUUGAGCUAUGCUGCUCCACUUAGCUAUGCUGCUCCAUUGGCUUACAGUGCUCCAAUUGCCAAAGUAGCUGCUCCAGUGUUUUUGUAAAUGUUAUGAAGGUUGAAAAAAGGUUAUGAUUAAAAUUGACCGAAAGAAAAUA